AUGGCCCUCUAUGACUCCCCCACUAUGAAAAUCAGUUAUGGUGCUUCGGACCCAUUUCUAAGUGACAGAUUCACCUUCCCAUACUUCUUUAGGACAGUGCAAAGUGACCACCAUUAUUUCUCUCUUCUAACAGAGCUAUUGAAGUAUUUUGCUUGGACCUGGGUUGGCGUUAUUAGAAUAGAUGAUGAAAAUGGAGACAGAGAAUUUCAGCUUCUGACUAAAUAUUUCUCGGACAAUGGAAUAUGUAUUGAGUUCUCAUCAAAGUUAAAUACUAAGAUAGACAUAUCCACAGAUGUGCCCUAUGUUGUUAAGCAUAAGGAGAUGCUCAAAAAAUCUACCACCAGUGUAAUUGUACUUUGUGGAACUGUUUCUACUGCAAUAGCUGAAGAAUUCAGAAUGUUAAGUGAUGUUCUCAGAAAGAAGAUGUUAAUCCUUCCUACUAAUUGGGCAACCAAUCACAUGAUGUAUUAUGCCAUACACGUUUUUAAUGGGAGUUUAGGAUUAAUACAGAAAUCAUGGUAUGAUCUAAAUAGCCCCAAAGUGAAGGAUUUCCUAGCGAGUAUCCAUCCUUCCAAAUUCCCAAAAGAUGUGUUGCUUGAAGAUAUUUGGAGGCUGAAUUAUUUUUGCUACUCAGCUAAUGCAAAUCUUUAUGCUAAUAGGGAUAACUGCACAGAAGAAGAACGUUUUAAAGACUUUUGGAAUUUUAACAAUAUGUUACACUCCCCCCGGGCGUACCUUGCAGUCAGUCUGCUCUCUCAUGCAAUUUACAAGAUGUUUCUCAGUAAGCCAAGUCCCAAACACGACAAAACUUUGCAUAAUUACAAGUAUCAGUUACAUCAGUACCUGAAAGCGCUUAGAUAUAAUGUCCACGGAAGCUCUCCUUAUACUUUUGAUGAACAUGGAGCAUUUAAAAGCAAAUACUGGAUAUAUAACUAUAUCAUUAAAGAAAAAGUAAAAGUGCAACAUAUUGAAUUUAACCCACUGGCUUCAUCAAAACAGAAACAUUCUGCCUUGGGCAUAAAAUGGAAAACAGACCAGAUCCCUAGAGCUCAGUGUUCAGAAAACUGUAUCCCGGGAUUCAGAAAGGCCCCGAUGCAAAUUCCCCAUGUCUGCUGCUAUGAUUGUGUCCAGUGUCCAGUUGGAGAAAUGUCUAACACAACUGACAGUGAAAACUGCAUCAGAUGCCCAGAUAUGGAAUGGCCCAAUGAGAAGAGGAACCAGUGUAUUGCUAAAACAUUAGAAUUUCUCUCUUACACUAAUGAUGUGAUUUCUAUGUUAUUUUCAUCCUUCUCAGUUCUAUUUUUCCUUUUAACCCUGCUUAUAUUGGGGGUCUUUAUUGAGCACUGUGAUACCCCCAUAGUGAAAGCCAACAACAGGAGCCUGAGCUUCCUCCUCCUUGUCUCCAUCAAGCUGAGCUUCCUCAGUGUGUUUCUGUUCCUCGGUCGCCCUGUGGAUAUAACCUGCAUGCUGCGUAACUUCACUUUUGGAAUCACCUUCUCCAUAGCUGUCUCUUCUCUCCUGGCCAAGACUAUCAUGGUUUGUGUUGCUUUCAAAGCCACCAAGCCAGGGAGCUCAUGGAGAAAAUGGGUGGGAGUCAAACUGUCCAAUUCUGUCGUCUUGUUCUGCUCAUCCAUUCAAAUAAUAAUCUGCAUGACUUGGUUGUCCAUUUCUCCUCCCUUUCAGGAACUGGACCUUCACACUUACCCUGGAACCAUCAUCAUUCAGUGCAAUGAGGGCUCAGCUAUUGGCUUUUACUCAGUUAUUGGGUAUAUGGGGCUUCUGGCAGCUGUUAGUUUUGUUUUAGCAUUUUUAGCUCGGACAUUACCGGACAGUUUUAAUGAGGCCAAGUACAUCACUUUCAGCAUGUUGCUCUUCUGCAGUGUUUGGAUCACAAUGAUCCCGGCCUAUCUGAGCACCAAAGGCAAAAACACUGUGUGUGUG